ACAUGGCGGGGAUGGAUUUGACAGUUACAGAGGAGUGGAUACGCGAAAAACUACAACUACACCACAAUGUUUUAGCUGAUGUUCGAACGCUGUGCUUGCCUGGAGACAUUGAAGGGAAGAUAAGCCAUUUAGGAAUCUCUCUGAAGAAAUUUGUCCGUUUGAAGACGCUUGACCUGUCGUACAAUGCACUAGUCUCCGUUUCAGGCAUUGAACACCUAAAGGAGCUGGAAAAACUCAAUUUGUACUUCAAUAAAAUAUCUGCUCCCCAAGAGGUGAUGACCAUUUCCAGAAUGAAAAGCCUGAAGGUGGUGGACCUCAGACUCAAUCCGGUGGUCAACAAGCAUCCAGAGUACCGCCUGCACUUGGUGCAUUCAUUGUGCCAACUGCGCAAACUUGAUGACUGUCCAGUGAGGGAUCGAGAAAGGAAAGUUGCCCUCAUGCAUUUCUCCACGGAUGUGGAACUCGAACACAAGAAAGCCAGUCACUCUACCAGGCUCCCAGACCAGAGGUAUCCACACACUUGCAGUGUAAAUACAGAAUGGGCCAGUGACUUGAGACUGGCAGCAGUGCACAGGCUGACCAAAAGUCUGACCCUGCGUGAUGGCAAUGAGGAGAGUGCCAUGAACUACAUCAACGACAGGAAGCGACCUCAGACGAGGCCUCAGCCGCUCUCUCAGAGGGAACCAGAAUCAUUACCAGCACAGGAAAUACCUGAUGAAGUCAUUUACUUGGUUAACGAAUAUGAACCUGACAUCUAUCUUCAAAAUACGGAGUCUUUGAAGACGGCCUUCAGACAUUCACAGGGCACGAACGUGCAUCGUGCCCGGCCCUGCAGUCAACCACGCAGGAAAAGCUCUCUUACGGACAUGAGGCCUUCUGGGCGUGCUGCUAACAGAACCAGGGUGACCUUUGCGGAUGGCUGUGUGCAGGGCAACCACAGCAUUCACCCUCUGCCAGCCAACAGUGUGAGGCAGCCCUUACAGCAUCAGCUCCGGGUCCCAGCAGUGCCCAUGUUCACUGCAGACCCCAGAGCCUCCUCCUCUUCCUCUGCCUCAGAAUUGUCCCUCUCUUCGUCUGCUAAGCGAGCAGCUGCGACUUCUCCUUCUGGCCAGCGAGCUCUAGAGGUGGGCGACCUCUCUUCUCUGCCUCCUGCACACCACAGUCUGCCCUGCAGAGGAGGAGGAGGAGGAGGAAGAGGAGGAGGAGGAGGAGGAGGAGGCUCGGACAGCACAGAGCCUCCUGAUGCCACACGACUGACUGGCAGUUACAGGAAGCCACUGGACCUCCUGCACAGUGCAGUGCGUGAACACUGGAACGCUACUGGCACCAAUGACCUGCAGAACUACAAGGCCUUCUUCAAGCGGGUGGUGCAGAUCCUGUCCCUGAUGGAGAAGGAGCUGUUGAGCGGAGAGAAGGAGGCGCAGGCCCUGAGAGAGGAGGUGACUGCUGUGGGAGACCGUGCGGAGGAGGAGAGGCAAAGACACGUAGCCGAGGUCCAGGAGCUCUCCAGCCAGCUGGAGGAGGCACACGGCUCCAUCGCGGGGCUGGAUGAUCAGCUGAGGGUGGUGCUGGAGGAGAACGUGAGCCUGCAGCAGCGCCUCAUCAAGCUGGAGCACGGCCUCUUAUCAUCACGCAUCCACAAACUAACCAGCAACAGCAGCGGUGACGCUGACGAUGACGCCGGUUCUUGAUGGCCUCUGUCCUCUACAUCUAGACAGAUCAGACUGGAUGUCCCUCUUCUGAAGAAACUCACUAAAACCAUGUGGAAGCUAACUCCACAACCACAAGUGCCUCACCCAUCCUCCUCAGUGUGCUAGAAGGUGAUCGCAUGUUUAUACAAUGCACUGUUUGUCGUCUUUUGGAGACAUGGUUGUAGAGUCAUGAAUCAUUUGUCUUCAGUGGUUGCAACAUGAUCUCACAGAAUUCCAUGGAAUGGACACAAAUCUUUGGGACACGAAAUAUGUCAGUUUCACAGAUUUUUCCAAAAUUCUGUGCUAUGGUCACUGAAGUGUUUUCCAUGAUGCAUUUACGGAAGUGCUUUCUCUAUAUUUCCACAGCUCGUUGUUCCCUCAGUCUUGUGUUCCCUCAGGAUUUUUCUAAUUUCAAAGAUUUCUUUCUAAAAACAUUUUUUAAUAACAGGUUAGGUUUAGGGAUUGUUUUGGUUUAGGGAUUGUUUUGGGCACAAAUUCAAUUGCUAUAGCAUUCUUUUGUUUAGUAUUAAAAUUUGGUGUCAAUUUUCUAAUGACCAACUCAACAUAGUGCUGUGGGAAUAUAGAAAGCACUUCCAUGAGUCCACCACGGAAGACACUUCCAUGACCAUUGCACAGAAUUUUGGCAAAAUCCGUGAAACUGUGUCCCAAAGGUCUGUGUCCAUCCCACGGAAUUCUCUGUCAGUGACUACACCUGAGGUCAUUUGUUAAUCCAGAGGGAUGUUUUAUUACUACUGUAAUGCAAUGUAAUAUUUAUUGGUAUUUAUUUGAUUACAUUUUAUGUGAUGGCUCACCAUGCGUAGCUUUAGUGUAUUUAUUACUUUUUUAAACACUAGUCAGGAAAUCAUCAUGUAUUAAACUGGUCCCCAUCCAACUUGUCUGGGUUUCCCGUCACGUAAUGGGACUCUUGUUAAGCUUGUCAUCUUUUAAGCACAUGUGGCCAACAGGCAUGAAUGAAUGUGAACAAUUGUCUCUCUGGGGUAUUUAAAGACACGCACUCAGCUUUGUCCUCAUUUCACUCCCUGAUUGUACCGUUCCAGACUGUUACAAACAAGAAUUAAAAAAUGUUGGUCCAAGUAAGUCCA